AUGGGCGAACAAGCCGGCCCCCAGCCACCCUACCCGCUCCACCCGUCCGUCGUGCCACGGAUCGACCCCAUCUACGCCAGCUUCUACAAUGAGCACUUAAUAGACAAGCAGCAGGUCCACCUGCAGCCCGUGGAGGCAUCUCGCAGCAGCGGCGUCCUCAUCCCAGGUGCCGGCCCUCCGUACCCUGUCGCAAAGGCAGAAGACUUCUCGAUACCUCGCACGCAGAGCAGCGGGCCCGAGAUCAAGAUCCGGUGUUUCACGCCCGACGGCAAGAAGCCCGCACAGGGGUGGCCGGUUUUGUUCUACUUCCACGGCGGCGGCUGGGUCCUGGGCAACAUCGACACCGAGAAUGUCAUCGCAACGAACCUGUCAGGUCGGGCAAACUGUGUAGUUGUGAAUGUGGACUAUAGACUCGCUCCAGAAGACCCAUACCCUGCGGCAGUAGAGGACUCAUGGGAAGCCGUCCUGUGGGCGACCAAGGGCCCAGGAAAAGACCUCCUCCCCAUCGACACGACGAAGCUCGCAGCAGGCGGGUCUUCGGCAGGCGCGAACCUGACGGCAGUGAUGUGCCAGCGGGCGGCGGCGCAGCCGGAGCUGGGGAUCCGCUUCUCCGCGCAGCUGCUGUCGGUGCCCGUGGCCGACAACACGGCGUCGCCGGCGACCAAGCUCUCGUGGCGCGAAAACGAGUUCGUGCCCGCCCUGCCCGCCGCCAAGAUGCUGUGGUACCGCCGCCACUACCUGCCCAACGAGGCUGACUGGGCCCACCCCGAGGCGAGUCCACUUCUCUGGGAGGGCGACUGGACGCGGCUGCCGCCUGCUGAGGUCGUGCUGGGCGAGCUGGACGUGCUAAGGACCGAGGGGGAGGAGAUUGCUGAGAAGUUGGUCAAGGCGGGGAAGACGAGUACUAGGGUUACUGUUAUGAAGGGCCAGCCCCACCCUUUCAUCGCGAUGGAUGGGACGUUGGACUGUGGGAAGUUGGCAAUUACUUUGUUUGUCGAGAGGUUGUUGAGGGCGUUUUAUGUAGACAACUAG